AUGGCUAAUAAGGGUAGCAUGGUCGGUCAUGUCUAUGAAUUCAAAUUGAAGGAAGACGAUUUCAAUGGAUGGGUUGAACGUUUUGAGCUGUAUAUUCAGCUUAAUGAAGUAAAUACACAUAAAAAAAAAUUAUUAUUUUUAACCCUGAUUGAUAAUGAAGGGUAUUCUUUAUUACGGGAUUUGUGUUUACCUGUUAAACCAUUGGAUAAAUCUUAUGAUAAUCUUAAAACUUUGUUAUCGGAAUACAUGAAUCCGAAGCCGAAUGUGGUCACCGAACGUUUCAAAUUUAAGGAACGGAGACAGGGCAACGAAACAAUUAUUCAAUUCGUUGCAGUGUUAAAGAAAAUGUCAGAAUUUUGUGGGUUUGGCACUCACUUGGAGGAUGCCUUAAGAGAUCAAUUAGUUUGGGGUAUUAAGGACCAAAAUAUUUAG